AUGCCGUUCAGCCGUUCGACCACCGCCCACUCGCUGUCCGACCGCUUCAGCUAUGGUCGUCAACUGGCCAUGCACACGCCGCGCAUUCUGGAUGGCGAAGGUCGCACGGUAAAGCCUAAAUCGGUGCUCAGGCAUCCUUCGUCGUAUCCAGCGGCUGCCAUGCCGUGCUCGCCUCACAAGGCUAACUCGUUACCUCGCCGGUACGCGCCAAAACGCAGCAUCCGAUGGUCCAACGAUGUGCUGACUACCACCGCAAGUCACACCAUGUUCCAUGCUCCUUCAGACAUGUCGGACUCGGAAGGGGCCACGUCGGCUCCUGAAAUGCCCCACUCUUCAUCGUCGCCAAGGCAUUUCAUGUCAUCGUUUCAUCACCGCAAGGCCCCGUCCAUCGCUCCUCGAUCCCUCAACCAACAGAUUGUUCGGUGCCCUCACAUCGAAUGGUCUUAUGCCUGGUCACAGUCAAGAAUUUACCAACACAAGUGGUCUGCUGAUCUGCGCUGUUUCGUCAAUGAAUCUAGAAGGCAGGGCGUUUCCUCACACCACUGUUCCCUUGCAUGUAUGUUCUUCGUGGCGUUGUUUGUGGUGACGUGUCGUGAGGUGGUGUUUCGUUCGUCGACAGAUGCACAGCAACCACCUCAGACGAGCAGGAGAACGAUUGACGACGUAUUCUCGCGAGCUGAAUAUCGGAUAUGGUCAGAGGGCAUUGGCGGAAACCAGGAGUUUUUCGACAGGGACAUCGAACAGAGGAGCAGCUUUGAGGGUCCAAGCACCAGCGCAGCUGUCGCCGCUGUCGACCCCAUGAUCACGUCCACGCCUUGGAGCGAAGGCAUUUACUCUCGGUCGAUGCGCGGCAAGACGACAAACGUUGACCGCAGCCGCGGAGGAUUGAGAACCCGUUCAUCCAGUCUACCGCCACACGGCAUCCUGGAGCAACGCAGACAUUUGGGCGCUUUUCCUUACAAUCUCGAAGAGCGUCUACUCAGUUCGUCCAACUAUCCGAUUGACAUAUCUCCGUUGCCCCAGCGCCGCUUCCCCCUGCAGAUGUCCAAGGCAUCGCCAUUUUCGUUGUCUCACAUGACGACCGCGAACGAGGGAGCCGCCGGAUCGGCAUCAGGUGACCUUCAAUCCACUGUGCCAUCGUCGUCGUUCGUCUCCCCGUUGACCGGCCUGCUGAUCGUGCAGAUAUUCGAGGGUACCGGUUUGAGGGUCGGUUCCGAAAAGGACGAAUUGUAUUGCGUGAUUGAGAUCGACUACGAACACCGCGCCCGUACUGAGGUCAAAGACCUGGCGUCGAAGUUCCAGUGGCGCGAGUCAUUCGAGAUUGACGUCUUCGAGUGCCGUAUAGUCGACUUUUACGUUUACUCGUGGCACCCACAGUUCCGGCACAAACUGCGACACCGCGGCACUUUGCACCUACUGGAUGCCGCCUUGUUGCGCAAUCUUGACAACCGCACACAGUCGAUAGUGCUCGACUUGGAACCCCGUGGCCAUCUGAUUAUUCGGGUCGGCUUCCUGUCACUGCUGCUCAUGUACCGACGACAGUUGGCCUUGAAGCAAACUGCGUAUUGGGGCAGCCGGAGUGCAUCACAACGCACUGGCAUCGCUCGUUCGUCUUUCGGCGAAACUGUACUUAAUCUUCUCCGCAUCGUCGGCAAAACUCUGGGCUUCGAAUACGGCCGAUCGAUUUUUGAAGAAGUCAUCGGCCUGAGAGCAAAUUAG